CAUUACGUUUUACGCCGUUCAUUUAAAAUGAAGUGACCAUAGUAGAGCUAUGUAGCAUGCAAUGUGUUAUAAGUAUUGGAUUCCAAACAAAGGGUCCUGACAGUUGAGCUAUAACUUUAUCUCUCACCUGCUCCAUCUUUAGCGGUUUCUCCCUAAGCUUUAUAUCAUCUACCUUCACCACCUUGUUCCCAAAGUAGACUCUUUUAUUUUCUUUGAGGUCCUCCAAAUCCAGCGUUCUUCCCCAAGACAGAUAGAGAAAAAGAGUAAAACAUAUAUAGAAGCAGCCAAGUCUAAAUUUGGCACAAAGUUGAAGGAAGCUUCCUUCAAUUCUCACUCUUUUGGGGUGUUUUCGUUGAGGACAAUGUCGGCUGCUGUGGGAGCUAUCUCCGCAACCAAGGAAGUUGCCUUCAAUCCUCAAAUGGAGGAAGAAGAGCUCAAGAAUAACAAGAACAGCAAGGCUGGUGAUGAAGUACCAAGUCAUGAGCUUCCCCACACUGAUGAUGGCCAUGAAGAUGAUGACGAUGAUGAUGAUGAUGAGCUAGAGGAAGAGCAUGUUGCCAAGUUGAUCAAGUCUGAGAAGGAAUUGGAUCUUGGCCCUCAAGUUUCUCUCAAGGAACAGCUUGAGAAGGAUAAAGAUGAUGAAAGUUUGAGGAAAUGGAAGGAACAACUUCUUGGAAGUGUUGAUCUCUCUGCUGUUGGAGAGACUAAAGAGCCAGAAGUGAAGAUACAAAGCCUCACAAUACUCUCCCCGGGCCGGCCAGAUCUGGUUUUGCCAAUUCCAUUUGCUAACAAUUCUAAAAGCACUCUCUUCAGCCUCAAGGAAGGAAGCCGGUACAGCAUCAAAUUUACCUUCACUGUCUCCAACAACAUUGUCUCUGGCCUCAAAUACACCAAUGUUGUGUGGAAGACCGGAGUGAGAGUGGAGAAUUCAAAGAGAAUGUUGGGAACUUUUAGUCCUCAGCAGCAGCCUUAUACGUAUGAAAUGCAAGAAGAAACUACCCCUUCUGGCUUGUUUGCAAGAGGCUCGUAUUAUGCAAGAACCAAGUUUGUGGAUGAUGAUGGCAAAUGCUAUUUGGACGUGAGUUACUGCUUUGAAAUUCAAAAGAGCUGGCCAAAACCCUUUUGAUGUUCUUAUCUGGAAUCUCAUUGGCACUGGCUUGGUAGUGCUUCAAGAAAUCACUUUUUUGGAGAAAGAUUCUUCCUCUGGCUUGUUGUGCUUGUAUUAUUACAAAUGGUUCAAGUGAUAAUCCAUUUUUAAUUCAAUUUUAA